CACUUUUCCAGUCCGCGACAGCGCGCCGCGCCGGCAGCGUCUUUACCGCUCUGCACGCCGAAAAAGAAACGCGCGCGUGCAUAAAAAAAAAUAAUACAUCAUCAAUAAAAAAUAUCGAUAAAUAAUAUUUUAUUGUAUGCCCAGUGCGAAUCGCUUGAAGUAAACGAGCGGACUUUGUUUUUCAAAAAGUGGGUUCAAAAGAUGUCUCCUGUGUGUUAAGGCUGCCGUGAGGGUGCUGUCGUCAGGUGCUAACCAACAUCCAAGAUGACCAAGAAGUUCGAAUUCAACUGGCAAAUUCCCGUGCCGGAGCCGCUACUCCAGGGAGCGGUAAUGGACCGAUGGACGGAGGAGAAGGAUAAUACGGAGCUGGAACAGAACUGCCUCUUCAAAGUGGACGAGUACGGCUUCUUUAUCUACUGGAAAAGCGAUGGCCGGGAUGGUGAUGUGAUAGAAUUGUGCCAAGUCAGUGACGUGAGGUCAGGAGGUGUGCCAAAGGAUUCGAAACUAAACUUCAACCUUCAAAAUAAACACGGGGAGACGCUAGAAGACAAAUCAUUGACAAUAUGCAGCGGUACAGAUUACAUAAACAUCAACUACCAGCACGUGGUGUGCGCAGACGCAGCGACGGCAAAGGUAUGGUUGGAAGGACUAAGGCGGAUAACACACAAUGUAAAAGCGAACAACGUGUGUCCUAUGACCUGUUUAAAGAAACAUUGGAUGAGGCUGGGCUUCACAACAGACCCGCGAGGGAAAAUACCAGUUAAGGUAGUGGCCAAAACCUUCGCGUCAGGCAAGACUGAGAAGCUGGUGUACCAGUGCCUUUCGGAGCUAGGGCUGCCUUCGGGGAAGAACGAUGUGAUGGAGAAGGAAGCUUUUACGUUUGAUAAGUUCUACGCGUUAUACCAUAAAAUUUGUCCGAGGAAUGAUAUUGAAGAGUUGUUCCGGUCUAUCACCCAAGGAAAAUCUGAGCGUAUAAAUCUAGAACAGUUCGUAAACUUCUUGAACGACAAGCAGAGAGAUCCAAGACUGAACGAGAUUCUGUACCCGCUGUAUGAUGAGAAGAGAGCGGCGGAAAUCAUCACCACGUACGAGCAAGAUGAAGAGGCGAGGAAUGCCAAAUGUUUAACCAAAGACGGCCUUAUCCGCUACCUGAUGUCAGACGAGAACGCACCUGUCUUCCUAGACCGACUGGACUUUUACAUGGACAUGGACCAGCCUCUGGCGCAUUACUACAUCAACUCCUCACACAACACGUACCUGUCUGGGAGGCAGUUCGGCGGGAAGAGCUCUGUGGAGAUGUAUCGACAGGUGCUUUUAGCUGGCUGCAGAUGCGUGGAACUAGAUUGUUGGGACGGUAAAGGCGAAGACGAGGAACCAAUCAUAACUCACGGCAUGGCCAUGUGCACUGACAUCCUGUUCAAAGACGUCAUCUACGCGUUGAGGGACACUGCCUUCGUGACGUCAGACUACCCAGUGAUCUUGUCGUUUGAAAACCACUGUUGUAAGGCGCAGCAAUACAAACUGGCGAAGUACUGUGAUGAAAUUUUAGGGGACUUGUUGCUGAAGGAGGCGUUGCCUGAACAUCCGUUAGAACCAGGCGCGCCUCUACCUCCACCAUCAGCACUGAAACGCAAGAUCCUCAUCAAAAACAAGCGGUUAAAGCCUGAAGUUGAAAAGCAGGAGUUGGAGUUGUUCCGACAGGGGCAGUUCGUGAUAGAAGACGAGGAGAAAGAAGACGCUUCGGCAGUCGCUAUCCCGGAUAAGAAACCGGAAGAAAUAGUGGCGGAAGCGGCGUCCGCGGGCGACGACGCGCCGCCGCCCGUCGCGUACACGGGCUCCACCACCAACGUGCACCCGUGGCUGUCCUCCAUGGUCAACUACGCGCAGCCCAUCAAGUUCCAGGGCUUCGAGGAGGCUGAGAAGCGCAACAUCUUCCACAACAUGUCGUCGUUCGCCGAGACGACCGGCAUGAACUACCUGAAGACGCAGGCGAUAGACUUCGUGAACUACAACAAGCGGCAGAUGUCCCGAAUAUACCCGAAGGGCACCCGAGCCGAUUCCUCCAACUACAUGCCCCAGGUGUUCUGGAACGCUGGCUGCCAGAUGGUCUCGCUGAACUUCCAAACGUCCGACUUGCCGAUGCAGCUGAACCAGGGCAAGUUCGAGUACAACGGCAACUGCGGGUACUUGCUCAAACCUGACUUCAUGCGGCGAGCCGACAGGAGCUUCGACCCGUUCGCCGACGCGCCAGUAGAUGGCGUCAUUGCUGCUCAAUGUUCUGUCCAGGUGAUAGCGGGUCAGUUCUUAUCAGACAAGAAGGUGGGCACGUACGUGGAGGUGGACAUGUACGGGCUGCCGUCGGACACCAUCCGCAAGGAGUUCCGCACGCGCAUGGUGCCGGCCAACGGGCUCAACCCCGUCUACAACGAGGAGCCCUUCCUCUUCCGGAAGGUAGUGUUGCCGGACCUGGCCGUGCUGAGGUUCGGGGUGUACGACGAGAGCGGCAAGCUGCUGGGGCAGCGCAUCCUGCCGCUGGACGGGCUGCAGGCCGGCUACCGGCACAUCUCGCUGCGGACGGAGGCCAACUUCCCCAUGUCGCUGCCCAUGCUGUUCUGUAACAUCGAGCUCAAGAUCUAUGUGCCUGAUGGCUUCGAAGAUUUCAUGGCCGCUCUGUCGGAUCCGCGGGCGUUCAUGGGAGCUGCGAAGGAGAGAACUGACAAUAUGAAGCAGAUGGGUAUUGAAGAAAGUGGUCCGGAGAAGAAGGUGCAGAUUGAGGAGAAGAAAGAAGAGCCGCCCCUAGUGUUUGAACCGAUCACAGUGGAGUCCCUGCGACAGGAGAAGGCGUUCCUCAAAACUGGUCGGAAGCAACAGAAGGAACUGGAAGCCAUGAGGAAGCGCCACGCCAAGGAGCGCAUGACGCUACAGAAACAACAGUGCAGCGCGCUCGAGAAGAUGGUCAAGGGAAAGAACAAAGAUCAGUUAAGCAACGACGCAGCGUUUCGUAAACUAGUGACUGAGCAGUCCGCGGCGUGGGGGGAGCUGGUCGCCAAGCAACGCUCGGAGGAGUGGAGCGCGGCGAAGAGUAGGCUGGACGAGCAACGGGACUUGCUGAAGAAGAUGAUGGAGGCGUCGCAACUGGCGCAAAUGAAGCAGCUUGAAGGAAAGCAUGAGAGGGAGCUGAAAGAUAUGACGGCCCGCCAAACCAAAAUCAGCAUUGAGACGAGCAAGGAAGUCGCCAACGAUAAGACGCUGAAAACCAAGCAGGAGAAGGACCGGCGGCUGCGGGAGAAGAAGCAGAACAACACCAAGAAGUUCAUGGAUGAACGCAAGACUCAAACCAUCAAACAGAAUCGAGAGAAGGAGAAGCUGAAAGCCACCCACGAUAAGCAAAUGGAGGAACUGUCAAAGGAUGUUGAGCAUCUCAUUGAAAUGUUUAAGAUGGAGGAAUCCGAUGUCAGCGUCGGGGAAAAACCUGAAUUUUUAGCAUGAAAGUACCCUGACCUUGCUCCAUUACUGGAGCAAUGGACUUGAACUGUGAGUGACUAAGUGAUCUCUGCAGCAUUUGGUACACAUAUUCUAUCCCAAGACGAUAAAACUUAUGUGUGUGUGCGUAUAUAUAAUAAAGAUGUGGAUAGAAUUAUUGGACAAAAAUGCAGUUGUGCUUCAUUUGAACAGUUGCAUGAAGUGUACAACGAUGAAUAAUUGGAGACAUUUGAAAAUACCCUCAGUGAGAUCUUAUGUACCAAACCAAAUAUGUGUCACCAAAACUAUACCUAAAUGUAUGUAGACUAUAAGUAAUAAUUAAGAAAUAAUUUUAUCAAAUUGGGAAAAGAUCCUGUCUUUAUAUCUCAUCGGUAAAGUCAAUCGACCCGUACGGUCAGGUAACAGUAUCUAAACCACUGGACUGCCUCUAUUAGAAGUAAAAUUAAAAAUUUACUCUGGCCAAGUGUCAUUAAGUAGGUACAUUAAGAAAAAAAUCUUGUUUUGUCUUCAAUUUUGAUUUUAUAAAUAUUAGGGUGUAGAUGUUAUUAAUGUAAUUAUGUUUCAGAUCUCUAAAGUUAAGUCAAAUAUUACUUGCGCCGGUACAGGGUUGGGAAAUGGAUGAGUUGAUGACAAUAAUUUUAGUUAAGUAUGUACUUUCAGAUCUAAGUACGAAGACAGUCGCUCGUGCACACGGCGUCCUAAGUGAGCGACGGAACGCCGCACCAUCGCGAGGCCACAAGUAAAAUCAUACAUAUGGUAUCGACGCAUCGCGCCGAAACGCACUGCCUCAUCGCUUUUGUCGCUCACCUAGGGCGCAAAGUCAUAGUCACACUUACUACCCCACCCCUGUAUUGUCGCAGGUAUUAUUUUAUUAGCCCAGUAAAUAAUCUAUGUAUAGAAAUGACAAUUAGUCAAACCUAUAAUAUAAUAAGCAAGUUUAAAGUAUAGUUACCAAAGUAAAAUAAUAUAUUAGUGUAGGUAAUUAAUUAAUUCAUAAAAUAGUACUUAUUGUGUACCUAUAGCAUCCUUAUUAAUAGUUACGUAGUCAAAAGUAAAUUAAUUUUUUAUCGAAAAUGGAGAACGAGUAAAUAAUUAACGAGAAAUUGUUGAACUGAAAGAAGUGAUUUUUCGGCCUUUUGGAAAAUAAUAAAAUUAUAUUUAGCUAGAGCUAGGAACAAUAAUAGUAAAACUAGCGUAAAUAUUUGUUCUUUUUACGGGUAAAUUGUAAAAAAUAUGCAAUACUUCGUAAGUCACUUUCUUUUGUACCUUUGGAAGCAUUAAUCUUAAAAGAAAUAUGUACAAUUAUUUUUGGUGCCACAUUAAAACCAAAUAGCUGAAUCGCUAAUUUAGCUAGCUAAAUCGAGUUAUAUGGUCAAUUCAAAACAUAUUAUUUCAAUUCAAGUAAUAAUAAAUUGAACGUUGAGAAAUGUAUGCAUAUUCAAAACUCCCUAAUCCUUUUUGUAAUACAUUUAAGAGAAGAUUUAUUGCCCCAUACGGGCUUUCUUAUUUUUUUGAUUCCAUUGUGGCUUAAAAUGUUUAUUUAUUCACACGAUAGAAGUUAAAAAAAUGGUAAAAUGUAAAGUACAGUAAAAUCGUUGAUAAGGGAUCAAGAACAAGCAUUCUCGUAAGCUAAUAAGAGUAAAUAAAAUCCAAAUCCUGUUACAUAUAUAAGGCAUAUUAUAAACUGGUUACCUAAUAACGUAUACCUACAUCUCCAGUUAAAGUAUAAUAAUUAUCAUUCCAUUAAACAUUUUACAAUUGUAUUUGUCUUAUUAAUAGUGGACCAAGCUUUCAACUUUUCUUAUCUCUUAAAAUAAUUUAUUAGUAUGUAUUUAAUUAACUACUAGAUAAACAAUGACUUAUGGAAAAUAUGUAGUGUCAUGUUAGAUUAAAUUAUUAUAUUACCUAUAUACUGUAUAUUGUUUUAAUAAGCCAAAGAAUAUAAAUAUGUUGUAAUUAUUCAAAUAAUUGGUGUCAACGUUAUAAUUUUAAAUCAAUUACUUUGAGACUCUGAAAGUCAAUAACUUAGUUAAUUCUAAUACAAAAUUAUAUAUAAGCAAAUGAGGUAUUUCCCUAAGAUUUAUUAACUUUGAUUGUGAUGCCUCAUUAAUAUAUUCUAGUCAAUUUUAUUCAUGAUAUAUUUAGUUAAAUUAAAUUCCUAUUUUUCUUAAUUUCCAGUAUUAGUUAGAUGUAAAUAAAAUAAAAAUCAUUUUAUCAAUGGUAUUACAACAUUAUAUUGUAAAGUUCACAGAUUUAAUGUAAAAUAUUACAUUUUCAAAUAAAUACUAGGUAUGAACUUGCAAAUAAAUGUUUUAUUGGAGAAUUUCUUUACACAUAUUGUUUGUAAUUUUUAGAUUCUAAAAUUGAUAGUGAGAAUAAUUAUAAGUGUUUCUUAAUGUUUUUGUAUUUUAAAAUUUACAUAAUUGUUCAAAAUGUUAAACAAGAUUAAUGUAGACACAUUUUAUCAAUACAUGGAUAAUAAAAUUAUUCACACUAUAAUAUAUUGUGGUGAAAUUGUACUAAAACCUUUUUUAUUUUAAUGUUGUAUUAUGAAUGAAAGAAAUUCUAUUUAUUGCUUUCAAAAUCGUGAUAUAAAAAUAAUUUAUUAAACCAAUAUUUGGCCUAUUGGAUGAAUUUUGAAGUAGAUUUUUAUUCACUAGUUUACAUUGGAUUGGGUCAUGUUCAUAUAUGUAACUUUUCAAUUGAAUAUGUAAUUUAUACUGUAAUUUUUUUUAUUAGCACUUUUACUUAGCACUAAAUGUUCAUAAGGCACCUCCCACAUUAUUGUAAUAUUAUUAUUUUUGUCAGGUACAAUCCUUUUUGGUAGAUACAAGUAUCAAUCAUUUAGUAUAAGAAUAUGAAAUGUAAAGCAUAUAUUCUAAAAUCAUUAUAUUGGAUAUGUAUUUUAGACACAUUGCUCUUUAUGAAUCAAUGCAAAUUAAUGUAAAAAAUAUAUUAAAAUCAAUAAUUAAUAACAGUCAAAUUCUAUAAUUUGCUAGACAUAGUGAAACACCAUAUUGUAUCCAAAGAUUUCUUUAUUCUUUCAAGUACAAUAACUAAAUUAAAACAUUUCAAAUAUAA